CACACAUCUUAUAUGGGCGCGUGAGAUAGUCAUUUAACUGAGGCGGUACUGAGAUUCGUUUAGAGGCUACCGUAAACAACCAAUUCUCCUCUCAUACUCAUAGCGUGAGUAAUCUGUUGGAACAUUAGAGAAAAACCAAUCCGAUCCAAUCAAUCGAAAUUCAUAUCAUUUUCUAUUACUCUUCCCAUUCAAUUCCUCAAAAUUCAUCUCCCUCCUAAAUUCAACUUUUGUAUAAACCCUAGCGUCUCAUACAAUGAACCCCUACGACAAUCGUUACUCGGAUUCCACUUCUUUUCGCGGCCGCCGCAGUGAUCUCGUUGGACCUAUGCCGCCGCCUAAUUUCGGCCGCGGCGGUCCUGCUCCUUACGGUGCUUCUUAUGCAUCCCAUGCUCCCACCGGUUUCGGAUCCGCGCCCGUUACCCCGAUUCCUCACUUUUUACCUCCUCCCGGUGGAUUUAGUGUUGGUCGUGGCGGUGGUUUUGGUCCUAGAUUGGGAAACGGUCAUGCCUCUGAUAGAAAAUAUGACUCUGGUCGUUAUGGUAGUAGUGGUGGUGGUGGCGGUGGAAGAGGUCGUGGUGGUUUUGGCGGCGGUGGUGGUGGUAGAGGUGGAAGUCACGGUUUUAGAGGCUCUGGUGGUGGUAGAGGAGGAAGUGGAGGGAGAGGUGGUGGGUUUGGAGGUAGACAUGGGUCUUCUAAAGAUGACUUGAAUAAUAUUACUCUUCCGAAGCAAGAUUUUAGGAAUUUGGUCCCUUUUCAGAAGAAUUUUUAUGUUGAAAGCCCUGUGAUAACAGCUAUGUCUGAUCAGCAAGUUAUGCAUUAUCGUGCUAGUAGGGAUAUUACUGUUGAAGGGCAUGAUGUGCCAAAACCAAUUCGGUCUUUUCACGAGGCUAAUUUUCCUGAUCAUUGCCUUGAGGUUAUUGCCAAGUUGGGUUUUGUUGAACCUACUCCAAUUCAGGCUCAGGGUUGGCCCAUGGCUCUUACGGGUAGAGAUUUAGUUGGCAUUGCUGAGACUGGCUCGGGUAAAACUCUGUCGUAUUUACUUCCGGCUAUAGUUCAUGUCAGUGCACAACCUCGACUGGUACAAGGGGAGGGUCCUGUUGUCCUGGUUUUAGCACCAACUAGAGAGUUAGCUGUUCAAAUUCAACAGGAAGCUAUGAAAUUUGGAUCACGGUCAAAUAUUAGAUGUACAUGCAUAUACGGUGGUGCUCCAAAGGGCCCUCAAAUUCGUGAUCUUAGAAUAGGUGUUGAGAUUGUUAUUGCUACACCUGGUCGUCUAAUAGAUAUGUUAGAAGCUCGGCACACAAACCUCCAGAGAGUGACAUACCUUGUCUUGGAUGAAGCUGAUAGGAUGUUGGAUAUGGGUUUUGAACCUCAGAUUCGGAAGAUUGUAAACCAGAUUCGACCAGAUAGGCAGACAUUAUACUGGAGUGCAACAUGGCCAAAGGAGGUUGAAGCUCUGGCAAGACAGUUUCUGCACAACCCAUAUAAGGUAGUUAUUGGGUCACCAUAUUUAAAAGCAAACCAAUCUAUAAAUCAAGUUGUUGAAGUUGUCACUGACAUGGAGAAAUAUAACAGACUGAUCAAGCUGCUGAAAGAAGUGAUGGACGGGAGCCGAAUUCUAAUAUUUACGGAAACAAAAAAGGGAUGUGACCAAGUUACAAAACAGUUGAGAAUGGAUGGAUGGCCAGCAUUAUCUAUCCAUGGUGAUAAAAACCAGUCUGAAAGGGACUGGGUUUUGGCUGAAUUUAAGAGUGGCAGAAGUCCAAUAAUGACUGCCACCGAUGUUGCUGCACGGGGUCUUGAUGUGAAGGACAUAAAGUGCGUGGUCAAUUAUGAUUUUCCAUCAAGCCUCGAAGACUAUGUCCACAGAAUUGGUCGAACUGGUCGUGCAGGAGCUAAAGGAACUGCAUACAGUUUUUUUACCCGUGGCAAUGCCAAGUAUGCUAGGGAGUUGAUAAAGAUCUUACAAGAUGCUGGUCAGGUUAUUAGUCCUGCAUUGUCUGAAUUGACCCGGUCUGCUGGUUUUGGUCAACAUGCAUCAAGAGGAGGUUUUCGCUCUAGAGGACGUGGAGGAGGCUAUGGCAACCGGGGUUCAACAUCAGGAUCCAAUGCCAUUCCUGUUGGCGGGAAGAGGCCGUGGCAGUAUGUGUAAUUGGUGCUAAGUUAGUUAAUUUCCGAAGUUUUGGUUUUUUUAAAGUAGUCACGGGAUACAUGUUUAUUUUUUAACUACAUAUACUGCACGUAUUAGCCAGCAUUACAUUUGAAAAAACACAUUAGUUGUUAGGUUAUAGGAAGAAAAAGAACUAAUCUUCUAGUGACUGAAGUCAACGAGUAAUGUGCUGUAAAUGAUUAGUUGGAGUGACCCUCAAGGCAUCUGCUAAUUUGUGAAUUGUUGUUAGCUACUGUGCCACCAUUCAAAUGUUCUGAUAUUUAACUGA